GGUAGAACAACCACCUACUCUCCACUUUACCCCUGUGUGGUGUAGAGAACUUGAGAUAGAACUGAAGAGAAUUCCUCCCCUCUUGCAAUCCAAGAGAAAACUAAUCAGCUGGCUGGUUGCUAUUUAACUCAACUAGAACUUUCUUUUUAGCUGUGAAGUUUUUUGUGGAGACAUUUCCACAAAUAUUUGUAAAAAUCUAUUUAAAAAAAAAAGUUAUAAUAAAGUAAGAGAAGCGAUGUUUGGCACUCGUUGGCUGGUGUUGGGGUUCUGCGCUGUGCUAGUGGCUGGGCGCAGGGUAGGUCGAGACCUGAGCAGGAAGAAGGAGUACCAGAUCCAGAACGGCCCCUGCACCUACACCUUCCUCCUGCCUGAGCAGGACAGCUGUCCGGAGCCCGCCGGAACCUUCCAGCGGGACGACCCAGCCGAGCACAACGAGUCCGUCCAGAGACUGGAGCAGCUGCAGACCAUCAUGGAGAACAACACCCAGUGGCUCAUCAAGCUGGAGAGCUACAUCCAGGAGAAUGUGAAGAACGAGAUGGUGCAGAUCCAUCAGAGUGCUGUUCGCAACCACACAGAGGCCAUGAUUGAGAUCGGGACUAGUCUGUUGAGCCAGACCCAUAAGCUGACAAGCGUGGAAGCUCAGGUUAUAAAUCAAACAACUCGACUUGAGCUUCAGCUUCAUGAAAAUUCCUUGUUUACAAAUAAAUUGGAAAAACAGAUUCUUCUCCAAACAGACGAAAUAGACAAACUCAGUAAAAAGAACAAUUUCCUGGAGAAGCGGGUUGAGGAGAUGGAGGAGCACCGGCAGGUGGAGCUGAAGUCUCUGAAGGAGGAGAGGGAGCAGCUACAGGAGCUGGUGCUCCGACAGACGGCCGUCAUCAAGGAGCUGGAGCAGCAGCUCAACUCCACCUCCUCCAACAACUCCGCCCUCCAGCGUCAGCAGGACCACCUGCUGGAGACCGUCAACACCCUCAUCUCCACCAUCACCGUCCCCACACUGAAAGCGUCUGCGAUGAUACAGGACGCUCCGGCAGCAUACACUGACUGUGCAGCUGCCUUUAAGGCAGGGAAGAGACAGAGCGGCAUCUACCCGCUAACUUCUCCCAACAGCACAGAUAAUAUAGAGGCUUACUGUGACAUGGAGACGCAAGGAGGCGGGUGGACAGUACUACAGAAACGUUUCAACGGACAGGUCGACUUUCACCGCACCUGGGAAGAGUACAAAACGGGUUUUGGGGACCCUGCUGGAGAACACUGGCUUGGAAAUGAGAUGGUUUCUCAGCUGACGAACCAGAGGGCGUAUGUCCUGAGAAUUCAGCUGCAGGACUGGGAGGGGAACAGCGGCUUCUCGCAGUAUGACAAGUUCUCCCUCAGUAGCGAGGCAGAAAAUUACAGGAUACAGCUUACAGGCUACAGCGGAACAGCGGGGAAAAUCAGCAGCCUUGGACAACCUGGAAGCGGGUUCAGCACAAAAGACGCAGACAAUGACAAAUGUGUUUGCAAAUGUUCGCAACUCACAACCGGAGGCUGGUGGUUUGAUGCCUGUGGUCCUUCUAACUUGAAUGGGAUAUAUUACCAAAUAGGCCUGAACACAAACCGGUUCAAUGGAAUAAAGUGGUACUACUGGAAAGGCUCGGGAUACUCACUAAAAGCCACGCAGAUGAUGAUGCGGCCAGCCGACUUCUGAGGUCACCGGGGCACCCGAGAUUACCUUCUCACUUCCGAGCUUUCAGAUUUAAAAUAGUCACCGUUUCGAGAAGCAAGAAAUGAAAGAGAAGGUCUGCCUAUGAUGUUCAUAGAGCUGGAGAACCCAGAAGGAGAUGAGCUUUAAGGACUACAUCAGCCAACCAAGAGACUGCACAAAUUAGAAUCUAAAUAUUCGUAUUUAUUGAAAGAUGGAACUAUUUUUAUCAGAAUAUAUGGUGACGGGUAAUCUGUAGGAUAUUGCCUGUCUUGAAUCUUUCAGUGGCAAAUACUGUCCAUUCACUUUAGAAACUUUAACAGUAGCCUCAGUAGCAUUUAAUUUUUUUUUCUUCUUCACAGAAUCAGGCUUAUAAAGCUUCUCUAGAGACAAUUAAUGUUUCAUUGUGUAAAUUACAUAUCUGGCCUUAAAAGGUAAAGGAACAUAUUGUAGAAAUUCAGAAUUUCUAGAGGGUAUUUACGAGUGACAAUAUAUUCUUACAGUGUACGUUUCCACAUCAUGCGCUAUUCUGGCACAAACAAAAAAAUCCUUUGAGACUUCUGUAAUUGACCACAAUGCAUUGUCCGCUUAAUUAGUGUCUACAGUGAAGACUUGGGGAUAAGGUCUAAAAUAUAGGCUAAACGUUUCCUGGGUCGCAUGAUCAGGAAAAAUGCAUUGCCCUGAUUAUCUUGGUCUUAAAUAUCUUGGCAGCAUAUUACAUACUGAAAGGGAAUGGAGACUUUUGCCAGAAGUGCACUUUUAUGAGUCUACUUGGCAUCCUCUGCCCAUUUGUUCAUGUCUGAUUAACGAAAUCCACACUGAAAGUGUAAUUGACAGAAUAUUACCUUUUGCAACUUCUAAUUCUGGUGUGAAUGUAUGUCUGUGAUGUUUUUUCACAUUUGGCUAUGAAGGAUCUCAGAGUCUCAAACUCUAAUACAAGUUCUGGCUAUUUAUUAACGAAA